AUGGUUGGGCGGCGGAAGUUUGCGGCCGUAGCUGGCGCCCUGCUACUCCUCGCCGGCACGCCUAGCACCUUUGCCUUCCCCAAAGCCCAUCUUGAUCGAUUAAAGUGCGUGCUGCUUAUUCCCCCACUAUUAAUAUCAAUUGCUAACGUACCGCCGUCCAGACAAGAAACAAAGGAGGCCUUCUACCACAGCUGGUCUCACUACCUCAACUACGGCUUUCCUGAAGAUGAGGUUGCGCCGAUUUCAUGCAGUGGCCGAGGAAGCGAUCGCAAGAACCCAAACAACAUCGGACUCAAUGAUGUCCUCGGCGACUUUUCUCUCACUUUGAUUGAUAGUAUGGAUACUUUAGUGAUGAUGGACGACCAAGAAGGCUUCGAAGCCGCAGUCAAAAAAGUUGAACGCUUCGUACAAUUCGAUCUCCCCUCACGCGUCCAGAUAUUCGAGACCACGAUCCGCGUCAUCGGCGGUCUCCUCUCCGCACACAUCUACGCCACCUCCCCGGACCUCGGCCACCAAAUAAAAGACUACAACGGCUCGCUCCUAACCCUCGCCGUCGACCUCGCCGACCGCCUCAUGCCCGCGUUCGACACCCCGACCGGCAUCCCUCUCCCGCGCGCAAACCUCCGCCGCGGUAUCGACCAGGAAAACAUCACAGAGACCUGCACCGCCGGCGCCGGCAGCCUCGUGCUCGAAUUCGCAACCCUCUCGCGUCUCACCGGGGACGACAAGUACGAAGCCGUCGCCCGCCGCGCGUUCUUCGCAAUCUGGGAACGCCGCACCGCGCUCGAUAUCGUCGGCACCGCGAUCGAUUCCGUGUCCGGACUCUGGCUGUCGGCCAUGUCUGGCGUCGGCGCCAGCAUCGACUCCUUCUACGAGUACGCGCUCAAGUCGUACAUCUUGCUCGGCGAUGAGCAGUUCCUCGACGUCUUUGCGCUCUCAUACGCGGCGAUCAAAGAAAACAUGCUCGACGACUGGCUCUACAAAAACAUACACAUGGUCACCGGCCAGGUUCUCACCGGCUGGGUCGACGCGCUCGCUGCGUUUUUCCCGGGCCUGCAAGUACUCGCGGGGGACGUGAACGCGGCGGUCAAGAGUCAUUUGGUGUACUACAAGAUCUGGAUGACGUACGCAGGCACUCCUGAACGAUGGAACUACGUCAACCGCAAGGGCAGCGUCGAGCUCGGAUGGUACGGUCUGCGGCCGGAGUUUGUAGAGUCAAACUACAUGCUGUACCGGGCGACCAAGGACCCUUUCUACCUGCACGUUGGCGCGCAGAUCCUGAGCGAUUUACAAACGCGGGCGCGCGUCGCGUGCGGGUACGCCUCGAUCCACAACGUGCAAACAGGCGAGCUUGACGAUCGCAUGGAGAGCUUUUUUCUCAGCGAGACGCUGAAAUACCUCUACCUGCUCUUCGACGUCGACAACCCGCUCAACCAUGACGGUUCCAACUUUGUGUUUUCGACCGAGGCGCAU